AUGGAGCAGGUGACUGACAGCGUGCCCUGUGAACACCUCGAGGCCAAUGUGCUCACCCAGCGCUGCUGUCAAAGCUGCUUCCACCUUGAGGAGGCCCGUGGAGCAAGGCACCAGGAGCCUGGGAGCCCUUCCCGUGCCGAGGCACCCUACUGUGACCUGCCCCGCUGCCCGCCAGCCCCUGAGGACCCGCUCGGCACCUCAACCUCUGCUUGCCAGUCUGCGGUGGGCCUGGGCCUCAGGCAGGGGCCCGAGAGGGACCUGUCCCCAACAGCAGGACUUCCUGAGGAGGACCCCAAAGCGGCCCUCAGGAGCGGGCACCAGGAACUCGAGGUGGUGCCCUAUCUGGAGGGCCUGGCCCCCUCCCUGGGUGGCAGCUGCUCCGAGGACCCGGGCUUUGACACCAGCUGCAGCCCCGACAGCAGUACCACCGAUGACACCAGCGAGUCGUCCUCCGUGGACUGGGGCACUGUUGAGCGGUGGACGGAAGGUCCCAGCUGGGACCAGCUUACGAUGAUCCCGCAAAGGGCCCAGGAGGGACAAAGAGCCGACAGAGCCCGGAGGGUCUCCAGGUCCCCUGCAAGAGGAGACACCGCAGGCCAGAAAAAGGAUGACACUGGCGGUGUGACCCGCAGUGCCGGGCAGCACUGGGCGAAGCUCCGGGGGGAACGUGGGUGCUUCUCCUCGGAGCGACACGGCUCAGCCCCUGCCCCGGCUUCCUCUGCGACGCCACAGCACAGACCUCGAAGCACCACCCCACCGGCCUCUGCGCAGCGAGAAGCCCCCCAGGCCUCCCCAUCCCACAGAGUCACCCAGAGGGACAACCCAGGCGCCUCAUCCACACAGUGGAACACCCAGGCAACGCCCCUGCCCUCCAGAGGAAGCCCACAGGGCAGCCCCGGAAGCUCGUCCACCCAGCAAAGCCGUCCUCGUCCUCGACUGUCCUCCCCCGUCAGAGCUGCCCACCAAGACGGAGCCUCUACCCAGCAGGACAGCCCACAGAUUGCUAUUCCCACUUCUCAACGGGAGAUCUCCAGGACCUCCUGUGCCCAGCGGGACAACCUCAGAGCCUCCUCCCCCAACAGGACCACCCAGCGGGACAACCCCAGAACUUCCUGUGCCCAGCGGGACAACCCCAGAGCCUCCUCCCCCAACAGGACCACCCAGCGGGACAACCCCAGAACUUCCUGUGCCCAAAGGGACAACCCCAGAGCCUCCUCUCCCAACAGGACCACCCAACCGGAAAACUCGAGAACUUCUUGUACCCAAUGGGACAAUCCCAGAGCUUCUCCCAACAAAACCAUCCAGCAGGAAAACUCUAGAACCUUCUGUGCCCAGGGCAAUCCCAGAGCCUCCUCCCCCAACAGGACCACCCAGCAGGGCAACCCCAGAACUUCCUGUGCCCAAAGGGGCAACCCCAGAGCCUCCUCUCCUAACAGGACCACCCAGCGGGACAACCCCAGAGCCUCCUCUCCUAACAGGACCACCCAGCGGGACAACCCCAGAACUUCCUCUCCUAACAGGACCACCCAGCAGGACAACCCCAGAGCCUCCUCCCCCAACAGGACCACCCAACGGGAAAACUCGAGAACUUCUUGUACCCAAUGGGACAACCCCAGAGCCUCCUCCCCCAACAGGACCACCCAGCGGGACAACCCCAGAACUUCCUUUCCUAACAGGACCACCCAGCGGGACAACCCCAGAGCCUCCUCCCCCAACAGGACCACCCAACGGGAAAACUCGAGAACUUCUUGUACCCAAUGGGACAAUCCCAGAGCUUCUCCCAACAAAACCAUCCAGCAGGAAAACUCUAGAACUUUCUGUGCUUGGGACAAUCCUAGAACCUCCUCUCCCAAUAGGACCACCCAGCGGGGCAACCCCAGAGCCUCCUCCCCCAACAGGACCACCCAGCGGGACAACCCCAGAACUUCCUGUGCCCAACGGGACAACCCCAGAGCCUCCUCCCCCAACAGGACCACCCAGGGGGACAACCCCAGAGCUUCCUCCAUCCAACAGAUCACCCCCAGAACCUCCCCUGCCCAACGAGCCACCCCUAGAGCCUCUUGUACCAGAUGGGAGCACCUCAGAAGCGCCUGCACCCAGCGGGACGGCCCUGGGACUCCCACCUUUCAGAGCGGCGUCAAGGACAACCCUGGCCCUCCAUCUCACGGAAGCAGUCCCAGGAACCCUUCUCCCCACCGCACCAACAGAGACAUCCCCUGGGCUUCCUUUCCGCUCCGGCCAACUCCCAGCGACGGUCCCCGAACCUCUUCCCCAUCACGCUCCAAGCAAAGUGAGGUGCCCUGGGCGUCCAUUGCCCUCCGGCCAACCCAAGGUGACAGGCCUCAGUCCUCGUCUCCCUCCAGACCAGCCCAGCGUGAGCCACCCCAGGCCUCCUCUGGCCCCUCCGGGGCCACCUCUUCUAUCCACAGCCCGGGCCACCUCGGGGCCUGGCGGACCUCCUUGCCUGUGUACCCCGCAGCCCGCGGGGCGCCCCAGUCCUUCUCUGAGCCCUUCCAGCCAGCCUGUGCCGUGUGCAUCGGACACCGCGACGCCCCUCGAGCCUCUUCCCCGCCGCGCCAUUUGCAGCACGACCCCUUCCCCUUCUUCCCCGAGCCCCAGGCCACUGAGAGCGAGCUGCCCCACCAUGACCCGCCCCACCUGCCACCGGCGGUGUGCAUUGGCCACCGCGAUGCCCCCUGGGCGUCCUCGCCGCCUCGCCAGACCCAGCACGACCCCUUCCCGUUCCUCCCAGACACGACGGACUCUGAAAAUGAGCCCGCCCACCACGAGCCUCCCCAGAUGCCCCCAGCCGUGUGCAUCGGGCACCGGGACGCGCCCCGGGCCUCCUCCCCACCACGGCAGCUCCCCGAGCCCUCCUUCCUGUUCCAGGAUGUCCCCAGGGCCAGCACCGAGAGCCUCGUCCCUUCCACGGACUCUCUGCACGAGGCCCCGCGCCCGCCCGCGCCCGUGUGCAUCGGGCACCGGGAUGCCCCCUCCUUCUCAUCGCCCCCGCGCCAGGCCCCCGAGCCCUCCCUCCUCUUCCAGGACCCCCCAGGGGCCAGUAUGGAGAGCCUGGCCCCCUCCACCGACUCUCUGCACGGCUGCCCCCGGCUGCCGCCCCAGGUGUGCAUCGGCCAUCGAGACGCACCCCGCGCGUCCUCCCCACCCCGGCACCCGCCCAGUGACCUGGCGCUCCUGGCGCCUUCGCCUCCCCCGGGCAGCUCGGGGGGCUCCCGGGGCUCGGCAGCCCCCUGGGAGACCAGGCACAACCUGGAGAGGGAGGAGUACACCGUACUGGCUGACCUGCCCCCGCCCAGGAGGCUGGCCCAGAGGGAGCCAGGGCCCCAGGCGCAGGGCAGCAGCGCCGGCCGCACCCGCAGCCCUGGCCGUGCAGAGGUGGAGCGCCUCUUCGGACAGGAACGCAGGAAGCCCGAGGCACCAGGGGCCUUCCAGGCUCGGGACGGGGGACGGUCACAGCGGCCCAACCAAGGCCAAAGCCAGCUUUACCGAAGACAGUCCAGCCCCAUCCCCAGCAGGCAGGUGAACAAGCUCCCUGCCCAGCAGGCAGAACCAGCCCAGCGGAGCAGAGCAGAGCCCCCACCGUCCAGGAGUCCCGCGAGGCGGCCUGAGGGGGACCGGCGACUCCAGGCCUCCUUACCACCCCCCAGGACAUCGGCCAGACCCCCUGAGAGGGAGCCACGGACAGAAAGACCUGCUCAAGGAGGCCAGGCAGACCCACGGCAGCCUCUGAGGGGGUGGCAGAGCCAGGAGGAGCUUGGAGGGUCCCAGGGCUCCCACAGACACCUGGAGAGAAGUUGGAGCAGCGACGGGGAGGGCCCAGGGCCUGAGGACCGGCCGGGACUUGGGGAGCCCGGCCUGGGGGCCGCCAGAGCCCUGGAGGGAACAUGGAGGGGCCCUGCCAUGGAGUACAGGGAGAGCUGGGGCCAGUCAGAGGCCUGGGAGGAGGAGCCCCCCAGGAGUGGGCUGCAGGAGCCCCUCUCCAGUCCCCGCUGGCCUGGGACUCCCCCAGAGAGCGCCUGGGCAGGCCCAGCAGACUUCCCACUCCCUCCGCAGCCUGAGACGCCCUCCGCCCUGGGCUGGAGGGACGAGGGAGCAUGCCCACACCGCCUUGGUCCUGAGAGGCCACCGGAUCUUGACUGGAGGGACUUGCUGGGCCUCUUCCGGGCACCUGGGGAGGGGGCCUGGGCCCGACUCCCACGGCUGGACUGGGAAGGCCUCCUGGAGCUCUUGCAGGCCCGACUGCCCCACAAGGACCCAGCUGGACACUGGGGUGGCCCAACCAGGACUUCAGGACCAGAACUGGUCCCCCCAGGCACAAAGGAUGCCCCAAAGCCAGAGCAACACAGCCAACCCAAAGACUGGAUGGAGGCCACUCAAGUUAAUGGACACAGCCCUGGGCAGCAGCCCCAGAGCCUGGCACAGCCACCAAUCCCUGCCUGCACCUCCACCUCCACCCAGUGGCUAAAGACCAAAGUGACCAGUGAACCCGAGACCUCAACCCUGGGCGGUCCAGAACAGAGAGGCCACCUGGGGAGCAGCAGCCCAGCAGAGGGGCCCAGCCGGCCAGAGCUGGAGUUCCAACCAGAGGAGCGCGAGGCGACAGAACAAGGCAAAGGCCAAGAUUCACGGACUGACCAGAAGCAGGCGGACCCGGCAGACAAGAGGCCAGCAGAGGGCAAGGCUGGGAGCCCGCUCAAGGGCCGACUGGUGACCUCAUGGCGGAUGCCCGGGGACCGGCCCACGCUGUUCAAUCCAUUCCUGCUGUCUCUGGGGGUCCUCAGGUGGCAAAGGCCCGACCUGCUCAACUUCAAGAAGGGAUGGAUGUCCAUCUUGGACGGGCCUGGAGAGCCCCCUUCCACGCUCCCUGCGGCCUCGGCCCCGGCCCCCUGCUCAUCGCCCCUCUCCCCACAGUGGAAGAAGCACUGGUUUGUGCUGACGGAUUCAAGCCUCAAGUAUUACAGAGACUCCACAGCGGAAGAGGCAGACGAGCUGGACGGAGAGAUUGACCUGCGCUCCUGCACAGAUGUCACCGAGUUCGCAGUGCAGCGCAACUAUGGCUUCCAGAUCCACACCAAGGAUGCCGUCUAUACCUUGUCGGCCAUGACCUCGGGCAUCCGGCGGAACUGGAUCGAGGCUCUGAGGAAGACCGUGCGUCCAACGUCAGCCCCAGAUGUCACCAAGCUCUCGGACUGCGACAAGGAGAACACCCCUCGUGGCUGUGGCACCCAGAAGGGCUCCCUGAAGGCCGGGGAGCAGCGGGCCGCUCGCGAGGUCGUUGGCCGGGGCGGCCCUCGGAGCGCCGAUGGGCCUCGGCAGGCCCCGGACUACGUGGAGCUCUCCCCGGUGGCUCAGCGCAGCCCGCAGCGGGCCCGCACCCCCGACCGCCCAGCCAAGCAGGAGGAGCUGGAGCGCGACCUGGCCCAGCGCUCCGAGGAGCGCCGCAAGUGGUUUGAGGAUAGUCGGGCCCCAGAGGCGCCCGCUGGUGAGGGGCCGCGCAGGAGCCUGGGCGCCCCGCUGACCGAGGACCAGCAGAGCCGGCUCAGCGAAGAGAUCGAGAAGAAGUGGCAGGAGCUGGAGAAGCUGCCUCUGCGGGAGAACAGGCGGGUGCCGCUCACCGCCCUGCUCAACCAAGGCCGAGGCGAGCGCCGCGGGCCCCCGGGUGACAGCCACGAGGCCCUGGAGAAGGAGGUCCAGUCUCUUCGAGCCCAGCUGGAGGCGUGGCGUCUCCGAGGGGAGGCUCCUCAGAACGCACCCAGACCCCAGGAGGAUGGCCUCAUCCCCCCAGGCUACAUCUCUCAGGAGGCCUGUGAGCGCAGCCUGGCGGAGAUGGAGUCCUCGCACCAGCAGGUGAUGGAGCAGCUGCAGCGGCACCAUGAGCGAGAACUGCAGCGGCUGCAGCAGGAAAAGGAGUGGCUGCUGGCCGAGGAGACGGCUGCCACGGCCUCAGCCAUGGAAGCCAUGAAGAAGGCCUACCAGGAGGAGCUGAGCCGGGAGCUGAGCAAGACGCGGAGCCUGCAGCAGGGCCCAGAUGGCCUCCGCAAGCAGCACCAGUCGGACGUGGAGGCGCUGAAGCGGGAGCUGCAGGUGCUGUCGGAGCAGUACUCACAGAAGUGCCUGGAGAUCGGGGCGCUGACGCGGCAGGCCGAGGAGCGCGAGGACACUCUGCGGCGCUGCCAGCAGGAGGGCCAGGAGCUGCUGCGCCACAACCAGGAGCUGCACGCCCACCUAUCGGAGGAGAUCAGCCGGCUGCGCGGCUUCGUCGCCUUGCAGGGCACCGGCAAUAGCCGCGGGCGCCCCGAGCGCAGCUCCUGCGAGCUGGAGGUGCUGCUGCGGGUGAAGGAGAACGAGCUCCAGUACCUGAAGAAGGAGGUGCGGUGUCUCCGGGACGAGCUCCAGGUGAUGCAGAAGGACCAGCGCUCCACCUCGGGGAAGUACCAAGACGUGUACGUGGAGCUGAACCACAUCAAGACGCGGUCAGAGCGGGAGAUCGAGCAGCUGAGGGAGCACCUGCGGCUCGCCAUGGCCGCCCUGCAGGAGAAGGAGUCCACGCGCAACAGCCUGGCCCAGUAGCCGUCCUGGUGGUCCAGUCCAGCUGCAGACCCUCCAGCCCAAGGGACCAGCUGCCCUCCUUCCCUGAUGGGUGGAGUCAGAAGCCAAGCUUUCUCGCCACCCUGUGGCCGCGCACGCACUCACCCCCACCACACCCGCGCACACUGCGGAUCUGAGCGCGCCCCGCACUGGGUCUUACCUUGCACCUUCUUCAGGAUUUUAUAUGUGAAGAGAUUUUUAUAGAGAUUUUUUUCCCCAGAACACUUUAUACUUUUUAAAAAAGCAGUUCCUGGUGGUGUGUGCCACCAGCCCCAACGUCCCUGUCUCCAGGCCCUGCUGGGGCGCCAGGGCCUCCGGGAGGCCUGGGCAGCAGCCAGGGCAGACUGGUGGGGAGUGGCUGGGAGCCAGCACCCCCUUCCUGCCCUACCUCCUGCUAACUACUUCCUGCCCUGGCUGGACCCACACCCUGGGACGCUGGACACAGGGACAGAUGGACAGAGGAAGCCAGCAGCUGCCCCGCGGCCCCACCUCCUCCUCCGAGGGGUGCCGGUCAUGGGAACGCUGGCACCACCCGGAAGGCGCUUCUCUCCUGCUCCGUGAACCUUUUAACUUAAUAAAACGUUUCAGCAGC